AUGACAGCGCUCGAAUUUCUUGUGCUCGCCCUCGCCGGCACGGUAGCAGGCUCGCCCUCUCUUUUCCUAAGAGGUGUCUCACCUGAUAAUACCUGCGGCACGACAGGAAAUGGGGGUAACCCUUCGGCAUACACUUGCCCGGCGGACUUGCCGUGCUGUUCAGUCAAUGGCUGGUGCGGUUCUACCGGCGACUACUGCUUGACGUCCAACGGCUGCCAGGCCGGGUUCGGAACCUGUGAACAGGACGGCAACCCGCCGACAGGCUCGAGUGACGAUGGCAACUCGGGUACUGGACUCUGCGGCCCCGAUAAUGGGAACGUUAGUUGCGCCACAAAUGAAUGCUGCUCUGCCGCCGGGUACUGCGGAACAACCCCAGACCAUUGCAAGGCUCCGGACUGCCUCUUCCAAUUCGGCCCAGCAUGUGAUGCUAACAAAAUUCCGCCGGGCCUUAACACCUCCAGUAUCGUCCGAACCAAGCUCGGCCAGGUCGAGUAUGGCGGUCCUGGUGUUUACAGCUGCGUCAACCCCGGUGACGUUGCCCUAACGUACGACGACGGCCCAGCUUCGUACACCAACGACUUGCUCGACCUCCUGAAAAAGUACAAUGCCAAGGCGACGUUCAUGAUUACUGGGAACAACAACGCAAAGGGAGAGAUUGACGAUGCAGCCUUCCCUUGGGUCAGCACCAUCAAGUAUGCUAUCUUCGUCGCAUUGCCCUUGCCAUCAUGGCUGAUCUUAGACGACAGGCGGAUGUACGCCGAUGGUCACCAAAUUGCCAGCCAUACCUGGUCGCAUGCCGAUCUGGUCUGUCUUGCUGCCGUGUUUGCGAUUCACAAUUCUGACCCCCCUCCAAGUGCAAAAUUACAUCGGCUCAGCGCAGAGAUGAGAUGUACAAGCUGGAAAUGGCCCCCUUAUUCCUCUUGUACGGCAGAGUGCGGCUGCGAAGAUGAUAUGAAGGCCCUGGGAUACUCGAUCAUCUACUUUGACCUCGACACGGCCGACUACCUGCACGACAGCCCGACUGAGAUACAACAAUCCAAGGACAUUGUCGACCAGUCAAUCUCGGCCAAGCCCGCCACCACUGAUAACUUCCUCGUCAUCGGCCACGACAUCCACCAGCAGACCGUCUACAACCUGACAGAGUAUAUGCUCCAGAAGUUUCAGGGCAAGAAGAUGGUUACCGUCGGUGAGUGCCUUGGCGACCCCAGGGCGAAUUGGUACCGCGCCGACGCCCGCACCACCCUUGGAUAA